AUGGAUGUAGAUGAGGCGGGACUUCAUCGUAAGCUACAAUUGAAUGAGCUUGAGGAAAUCCGGAAUGAAGCUUACGAGAAUGCUCGCCUUUACAAGGAAAAGACGAAGGCCUUUCAUGACAAGAUGAUUCGCACCAAGUCCUUCGCUGUUGGACAAAAAGUGUUGUUGUUUAAUUCUCGUCUUCGUCUUUUUCCGGUCCAGGUUCGUAGUUUCAAAACAGGUCAAGAGUUCAAGGUGAAUGGGCAUCGCUUGAAGCCAUACUACGAGAGCUUUGUAGAACAUGAUGUGGAGGAGACAACCCACUAUGCCGUGGGUUCCCAUGAAGGUUGA